AUGAAAAGUAAGAAUAAGAAGAUAUCUUUUCACAAAUCACUCUUCCUCAUCACCAUGAUGAAGAUGAAGAGAACGUGCCUCAAAUCUAUGAAAAAGAAGAAGAGGAGAACUUGCCUCAAAUCUUCACAACAACAACCACUUUCUUCUACAAAUUCAAUUAUAAUUCCAGAUGACUGCUGGGAGCAUGUAUUCACAUUCAUCAUUAACCCGGCCGUCCAGCCUGACUUGAAAUUCAUCCUCCAAGACGCCAAAACUGAAGAGAAAAACAAACUCAACUUCAAAUCCCUAUCUCUCGUCUCUAAACAAUUCCUCUCCAUCACCAACCGUAUCAUAUUCUCUCGCAGAAUUUAUUAUCCACAUCUUUGUUAUCUCCCUCGUUUCUUCCAUAGAUUCUCCAACCUUAAUUUCCUUCACCUUUCCUUCAUAUCUGAGUCUGGUGAUCUAGACUGCUCCCAUGAUCUCGACCAUGCAGCCAUUGCUUUGGCUCUCCGUGACAGACCAACAUUGAAAUCUUUAAAUAUUUCCUGGAUUGAGCUAAUUGAUGCAAACUACAUUACUUCACAUUACAUUGAUUCCUUCGCAAGUUUGAAGAGUUUGAAUUCUCUUCAGUUCCGAUGUUCUCGAAUCUCUGAUGAUUUGCUUUACUCUAUUGCAAGGGAAGGUCUUCCCUUGAAGACUUUUGUUCUUCAAGACUGUAACGGUUAUAGUUACCAUGGAAUUUAUGCUUUAUUAUCCAAGUGUCACGAGAUACAACAUUUGGUUCUUCAAGAUGUUGAUUUUCUAACUAAUCAUCAAUUUUCCCAAUUGUCUUUGCUUAUUCCUAAUUUGGUAUCUAUAAAUCUUAGUGAUUGUUUCAAACUCACAGAAUCAGCUUUGUUUGCGCUCAUUAAAAACUGUCAUUCACUUGCUGAGAUCACAAUGGAAAACAUAUAUAUUGACAGAGAAAGUUUAGAAAAGUCUAAUACUUUCAAAGAUUUUGAUGUCAAUCCUCAAUUAAAGUUUCUAUAUUUGGCUCACAAUUCAUUUAUAAAUGAUGAUAUCAUCAUAUCCUUUGCUUCCAUUUUUCCCAAUUUACAGCUUCUUGAUUUGAGUUAUUGCUGUGAUAUAUCUGAAAAAAGUAUUUGCCAAGUUCUAAGUAAAUGUUGCAAGAUCAGAUAUCUAAAUUUGACCAAUUGUAAAGAAGUGAGACAACUUACAAUGAACUUUGUAGUUCAUCAACUAGAGGUGUUGAACUUGUCUGGUACAAGGGUUAAUGAUAAAACCCUCUAUGAGAUCUCAAAUACUUGUGGUGGACUUUUGAAACUAUUACUAAUACGCUGUAAAUACGUCACAGAAAAGGGAGUGAUGCGUGUGGUUGAAAAAUGCAGACAACUGGAAGAGAUCUAUUUGAGAGGUUGUGAUAAAGUGAAUGCUGAUGCUAUGAAGAUCUCAAUGCUUUCAUCAAAUCCAUCAUUAGAAAAUGAUGAUUGCUCCGAUUUUGCCGAACUUCGAUUGAAGUUUUGA